GUUCUUGGUGGUGUGCUGCAUAUUAUCCAGAAUAACCCUUGUCACCUGGAGUUAUGCGUCGACUCUUGGCCUAUAUUCAGCAGCAUUUGUUAUCGUCGAAAAAAACAUGUCAACUGCUCACCUGACAUAUGCACUAUCUUCACCCUGAGCCCGGACACCUUGAGAACAAUGCUCCUUGAGACCAGAAUUGUAAACUGGAAGAACGGGCUAACGUUUAGAGGUAGGGCACUCCUGGCCUCAUCCCUAUCCUGGAUGUGUCCCACACAGAGGUAUUGGACUGACACCUGCCACGGAGGGACCCAGGAGAGAGUGAGCCACGUUAGGGCUUGUAUCCGACACCUGCCGAACGUCUGUGUGACAGACAACAGGGAACAGCCGGUGUCCUGGAUGCUGUCUGACAAGCUGUGUGAGCUGAGGAUAGCCUACACCUCCCCGGAAUACCGGAGGGCCGGACACUUGAUGGCACUGUCCGCAGCGCUGGUGCGCAAGGUGAGUACCAUGGGCCUGCCGGUUUACUGUCACGUCAACUGGGAGAACCAUCCCGCCAUGACCGCCGUGACAUCACUGGGAUUCUCCAGGUGUCCCUCGAUGGAAAAUAUAUCAGUGUUGCUUAUAUGCAAGGAUAAAUACUGA